AUGGCAACCGUUCUCAUCAUCCUCGACGUCCAAAACGGGGUCAUCGACCGCCUCAAAAACACCGGGCCAUAUCUCCAACGCCUCGCAUCGACAGUCACAUCUGCACGCAAGGCAAACCUCCCAAUCAUCCACGUUGUCACCGCCUUCCGCCCCGGUUACCCAGAGAACAAUCCAAACAACACCUCUGUCUCUUCGGUCGUCGCGCGCGGUGAAUACCUCGAAGGCCAGUCCUCGACCCACGUCCACCCCGCGAUUGCGCCCAUCCCGGGAGAAGUGGUUCUCACCAAGCGUCGCGUCUCGGCCUUUUUCACGACGGAACUGGAUAUGCUUUUGCGCUGCGCCAAUGCCGACGCUAUCGUUGUUGCUGGGUUGAUCACCAGUGGGGCUGUUCUAUCUACUGUGCGUCAGGCGAUGGAUAUGGACUAUCGGGUUACGGUCCUGGAGGAUUGCUGCAUGGAUCGGGAUGAGGAGGUGCAUCGCAUGUUGAUGGAAAGGAUCUUCGCGGGUAAGACUGCUGUCCUUUCGGGGGAUGAGUGGGCCAAGACACUUUCUAUCGAGGAGCAUUAA